AAAGUACUCUAAAAAAUAGAGAAAAGUAAAAAAAAAACAACCUAAAAAUAAAAUUUACCCUUCUUUCUAGUUUUUACAGUUUUUCUGUAGUGGAGAUAGAUAUUGAAUUUUGGAGAGAGAAAAACAAGGGAAAAAAGCGAAAACGAGAAGUUUUUUUUUAGAGAGAGAAAAGGAGAGAAGAGUUUUUAGAGAGAGAAAAUAAUGGCGGAACAACUCACCGACGAGCAGAUCGCCGAGUUUAAGGAAGCUUUCAGCUUAUUUGACAAAGAUGGCGAUGGCUGCAUCACAACCAAGGAGCUUGGAACAGUGAUGAGGUCCCUUGGUCAGAACCCAACUGAGGCGGAGCUCCAGGAUAUGAUCAACGAGGUUGAUGCUGAUGGAAAUGGUACAAUCGAUUUCCCAGAGUUUCUCAACUUGAUGGCCAGAAAGAUGAAAGACACUGAUUCUGAGGAGGAACUCAAGGAAGCUUUCCGUGUCUUUGAUAAGGACCAAAAUGGCUUCAUCUCUGCUGCUGAGCUACGCCAUGUGAUGACAAACCUUGGAGAGAAGCUCACCGAUGAAGAAGUGGAUGAGAUGAUCCGUGAGGCUGAUGUCGAUGGUGAUGGCCAAAUCAAUUACGAGGAGUUUGUCAAAGUGAUGAUGGCCAAGUAAGGAUGGUGACUGACAAGGAGGGAAAAGUCAAAUUUGUAAAAUGGCUUAGUGAAUUAUUAUGGGACUUAUAGUUUUUUUUUUUUUCUAUCUUUAGUAAUUUCUGAUGCAUGGAAACCAGACAUUUUAGUGAUGUUGUGGUUUUGUAAUUGUUUGAUCAUCCCUGUUUACCCAUUUGUGUAAUGCUGUCUUGUCUUGGUGACUUCAAAAUUAUCUGGUUUCUAUUGUAUCUCAAUCGGAUGGGAGAAUCGACUAAUUUUGAUGAAUGACCACGUUCUAUCUAA